UGCAAGAACAAUCAUACAGCCACAGGCCAUGAGGUGGGAAACGAAAUCCCAAAUUGAUUGGGAUUUGGCAUCGUUCAACUUCAAUAUAUAUCGGCCGACACGUCACACCGGCAACGACUACGAAAAAAAAAGGAAAUGCCUGGGCUAACCUGCAACGCCUGCAACAGAGAAUUCCUUGACGAGGCCGAGCGGAAGCUCCAUUACAAGUCCGAUUGGCACCGCUACAAUCUCAAGCGCAAGGUAGCUGGGGUUCCAGGGGUGACGGAAGCUUUGUUCCUGGCAAGGCAAGCAGCACUUGCUGAAGAGAAAGAUAAGCAGAAUGAAACCCCCAUGCUUUACAGUUGUGGUCUUUGUGACAAGGGCUAUCGAAGUUCCAAGGCUUACUCUCAGCAUCUUAAGUCACGUGCUCAUAUUGCGCAGGCUUCUCAACACCCUGAAGAGGAGAAGGCAGCCAUUAUCAAGCCAUUUAUACGUCGUGCUGUAAAUAAGCCUCCACAACCAAGGGAUACAAAUGAUGAGGAAAGUGACGAUGAUUGGGUGGAGGUUGAUCCAGAUGAGGACUUGGCAUCUGGUGAUGAAAUGGAUAUUGACAAUGGUGAAGAAACAGGACAAGAGGAAUUAGAUCCAUGUUGUUGUUUUAUGUGCGAUCUGAAGCAUGACACCAUUGAAAGCUGCGUGGUUCACAUGCAUAAGUUUCAUGGUUUCUUCAUCCCUGAUGUUGAGUAUUUGAAGAAUCCUGAAGGCUUGCUCAUCUACCUUGGCCUUAAGGUUAAGAGGGAUUUCAUUUGUCUGUAUUGUAAUGAACGGUGCCACCCUUUUACUAGUUUGGAAGCUGUUCGGAAACAUAUGGCAGCCAAAGGUCACUGUAAAGUGCAUUACGGUGAUGGUGAUGAAGAUGAGGAAGCUGAGUUGGAGGAAUUCUACGACUAUAGCAGCAGCUAUGUGGAUGAUUGGGGGAAGCAGUUGGUUGCAGUUGGUGAUAAGGACAGCACUGUAGAACUUGGUGGUGGCUCGGAGCUUAUUAUAACCAGAAAAUCUGAUGAGGGAAUUAUGUCAAAAACACUUGGUUCUAGAGAAUAUUCGCGCUACUAUCGCCAGAGUCCUCGCCCAUCUCCUGCAAAUAACAUGGCAAUUACUGCUGCCUUAGCCUCAAGGUACAGGAGUAUGGGCUUAGCAACUGUGCAGUCAAAGGAACAAAUUGUGAGGAUGAAGGUGAUGAAAGCAAUGAAUAGAUCAGGAGUGGAGACAAUGCGGACAAAAGUUGGCAUGAAGAAUAAUGUCAUUCAAAACUUGCCUAAGAAUGUCCCAUAUUAGUUGCUAACUCUCAAGCUCCAUAUCAUAACUACUGGAGUAGUAUUUGUUUUCUUGAAAAAUCAGGUGCUUUAUAUUCCUGUAUGCAUCUAAAAUUUCCCUUGUAUGAAUUACAUAUCUUUAUUUACAGCCAAUAUAUUGUAUGAAUUACAUCACUAUAACAAUAUAUAUGCCUUUGUUUUGCCUUUC